AUGGCUGCACCCUACAAUCGACUUGCUACGGCUUCAUUGCGAACGCUUGCUAAGGGUUGGUCGCAUUGCUACUAUGAAACCCGAGCGCCCUUAGUUCUAACGGUGCCAGCUCCGACGCAAUCCUCCUCUCGACUCCGUGCUCAUCCUCAUAUCGCAAUGAGUUCGUGCCCUCGCUCCAGACUCUACUCCACCUCCGCCGAUGCUCCUCGAUUCUCUUACCAUGUCGCAUCCUCCUUCAUUGCCAAGGACAGGCCAUACGACCCCUCCACUCACGUCUUCCACUUCAACCCAUACAAUCGCAUUCAGCCCCCUGAAACCGUCGACCUUCCGCUCGACCCGAAUCUGGACACGAUGCCUUCUUCGUCAGCCGGAUCAACGACUCCGGCCUUUGGUGUUGCUGAUGGUGUUGGGGGCUGGGUGGAUUCCGGUGUCGACCCCGCCGAUUUCUCACACGGAUUUUGCGAUUAUAUGGCAUUGGCUGCCCACGAACACCAGACUGGAUCAGGGCCUCCCUUGACAGCAAGACAGUUGAUGCAGAAGGGAUACGAAGCAAUCUGCAACGACAACAGUCUCCGCGCUGGCGGAAGCACAGCGUGUGUGGCUAUUGCUGGAGCAGAUGGAAACCUGGACGUUGCGAACCUUGGUGAUUCCGGCUUCUUGCAACUUCGACUCAAUGGAGUUCACACAUAUUCCGAACCCCAAACGCACGCCUUCAAUACUCCUUUCCAGUUGUCCCUUGUACCUCCCAGCGUUGCUGCUCGCAUGGCAGCUUUUGGUGGUGCUCAGCUUAGCGACCUUCCCAGGGAUGCUGACGUUACCCAGCACGCGCUCCGUCACGGCGAUAUUCUUGUUCUUGCGACCGACGGUGUUCUAGACAAUCUUUUUAACCAAGAUAUUCUACGAAUCGCCAGUCGAGUUCUGGUAUCCACAGGCGCCUGGGUAAUGACUGAUGCUGGUGGUGUGCGCGUUGCGGAUUCGCUAGAGCCUCUGGUUGAGUUCCCUGAAGCCUCCGAAGGCAAACGAACGGCUACACUCCAGAGCGCACUCGCUACAGAAAUCGUGACAGCCGCCAAGCGAGCCAGCGUCAACACAAAACUUGAUGGGCCAUUCGCCAAGGAGGUCCACAAAUACUAUCCCCAAGAAAACUGGCACGGCGGCAAAGUCGACGAUAUUUGUGUCGUGGUGGCAGUAGUUAACGAGACGACCCCCGCUGUAAAGAGCAAGCUAUGA